AUGCGGUAUACCCGAGCAAGUGUACCUGCAGAUAAGCUGUAUCUAGCAUCCACAGCUGUGCUCAUGAGCGAGGUUAUUAAAACUCUUGUAUGCCUCGCCGUUGUAUAUAGGUUACUACCUAUUCAUGGUAGAUCUUUGAAAAAGUUAUACAACUUUCUUUACCGAGAACUUGUCAUCAAUUGGGAAGAAACCAUCAAACUCGCAUUACCAGCUGCACUAUACCUUGUUCAGAACAACCUUCAAUAUGUAGCUGCCACAAAUUUAGAUGCUGCAACUUUCCAGGUGACAUACCAGCUUAAAAUUCUGACAACCGCAUUCUUUAGCGUUGUCAUGCUCAAUAGACGGCUCAGCAAGACAAAAUGGACAGCACUGGCUAUACUGACUGCUGGUAUCGCACUCGUUGUCUUGCCAAAAGAUGCCAUUUAUCAGUUGCUAGGCAGGGAGACAGUGGCACUGACUGAGCAAGAAGCAAACAAAAUUGGCAAUCAAUCCAACGCAAAAGGACUCAUCUCUGUCUUGGCUGCCUGUGUGCUGUCUGGUAUUGCUGGCGUCUAUUUCGAAAAGAUUGUGAAAACUGCUGUUCCUCACAAAGAUGCCAUUAAAAUGGAUUCCCUCUUGUACGAUGCUGACAAAGCUGCCAAGAUUCAGCUGUGGAUCCGCAACAUCCAGCUGUCCAUGUUCUCUGUACUGCUGGGCGGCGUGUUUGUGGUCGGCUUGCAAGAUGGUCCAGCCAUAUGGCGAAAUGGAUUCUUUCAAAACUACAGUGUCAUGACGUGGAUUGUUAUUAUAAUUCAAGCAGGAGGCGGCCUCAUCGUGGGGUUGGUGGUAAAGUACGCUGAUAAUAUCCUCAAAGGGUUCGCAACGAGUAUCAGCAUCAUCUUAUCCAGCCUCAUCAGCUAUUGGUUAUUUCAGUUUGAGGUAUCCAUUCUUUUUGGAUUGGGAGCAUUGCUAGUGGUGUAUGCCACCUAUCUCUAUGGCAUCUCAACAUAA